AUGGCACAAUCGAAGAAGCUGCGUCUCCCAGAAGGUGCACCUGCAGCAUUAGAUCAGACCGAGAAGUCGAACCAGGACCUGGCAAAAUGGCUUGUUUACACUACCAAUGUCGAUUCUUCUUUGGCCAAUGAGGUGUGUCACGAGGCCAUGAAAGCAUACAACGAAACCAACCUCCACGUACCCGAGUCGGAGUGGGACGAGAUGGGGUUCGCCAAGCCUGCAGACAGCAGCGCGGAGGAUGUCCAAGGAGCGCUCUACCUCCACAUUGGGACCGUCCAACGGGUUCUCGAUCGUCAGCAAUCAGAUCCCUGGAACGUGAAUCGGCUGUAUCCCAGCGGACUUGUGGUCGUGGAUGGCAAAGACUGGAGCGAGAAGGGUGUGAUCGUGGUCCAUUGCGACCAGGAUGAGGAGAGCGGCGAGUGGAGCGUUUUACAGCAUCGUUUCCAUGUGAAAGACCUUGGGGUUGUUCUGAUGACGGUUCUUGACGCCGAUGAUACUUUCGAGCGGGUUGCGGAGGAACACGGAAUCAAGGGACUGUAA